UUAAUUAUUUCGCAACAUAACCCAACGCAAUAUUUCUUUUCCAUAAGAAUUUAUUUAAUUAAAUCACUUCAUAUAAUCGAUAUUAACGGCAAUUUCCGCGACGGUCGUUCAAUGUCAAUUUCAUUACCUUUUUAUCAUAGCGUGCAAAAAGUGCUUUAUUUUGUCAACAACAAAAAGUCAUAAUAAUCUUUGUUCCGCAUUCAAUAGUGCGUAUUAAAAUUAAAAUCAUAAAAACUACACAACAGUGUUUAUAAAACAUCAAAACCAGGGUUAGAAUCAAUUAAUUCAUUAAAUCAUGCCGCAUAUUGAAGAUUACGACGAAUUUAAAGACGAUGCGAAGAAUGUUUUGCAACAAUUAAUGAGAAGUAUAAGUAAAAGUUCGAAUACCAAACAAUUAUUGGUCGGAACUGGAUCCGGAUUAACCACGGGAUUCAUUACAAUGAAAAUAGGAAGAACCGCGGCUUUUGCAAUUGGGGGAGGAAUCUUAUUGUUGCAAAUCGCUCAAACUCAAGGUUAUGUAAAAAUCGAUUGGGAUAGGAUUAAAAAGAAAGCGGCUAAAACUUCAAGAGCUGUUGAAAAUAAUGUUAAUCAACGUCCCACUUGGGUUGAUGAAGUUAAAAAGUUUCUUGUAAAGAAUACUUGUUUUGCUGGAGGAUUUUUGGGGGGAUUCUUUAUCGGAAUCGCUUUAUAACCUCGUUUAGAACCACUUAUUUUAUAAGCAAUUAGUUUGGUUUAUUAUUUAUUGCUUUUUCGUGCUUUAAUAGCUAAGGAUCUGUAAAUACUUUGAAUGUGAAAAUCGAUUUCAAUGUUAUGUAGUGUAAUUUAGUUUUUAAAACGUCUUGAAUAAAUAUUUGUUGGACUUAUCAGCUCAACUUAUGUGUUUAAAGAAUUAAAUCGAAAUAAACUAAAUAAAUUAA